AUUGUGUUUUUGUUUGUUUUAAUGUGUAGCUGCAGAAUCUUCGUGAGCAUUGCCUUUUGCCUCAAAUCAAAUGUGCUUGUAGGUAUAUCAAGUGUGUUACUAAAUAUUUUGGAUCUCUAUCUUUAAAACUAUAAAUGUUUUAACGGUUGAACAACAAAAUCCGUUGUAGUCUAGCUGGUCAGGAUACUCGGCUCUCACCCGAGAGACCCGGGUUCGAGACCCGGGUUCGAGUCCCGGCAACAGAGAUUUUUGACUCUUGUAAAUGAUAUUCAUAUAUGUUUUAUGUUUUAAGUUUUAUGAUAUCGCUGAUUCUGUUCAGGCUCAGGACAAGACUUCCUCGGAAAGAAUAGCUUCUUGCCGUCAAGCAUUGCACGGUUUGAAUGGUGCUGCUUCGGUUUUCAUAUAAUCAAUGUCGGUAAUUAUCUCCCCGAUAUUGAAUAUCAGAUGAACUCUGAGCAUAGUUGUUUUGAAGCAAUUUUGACGUUGACGAUCCCGGAAAUGUAGAAAGUUAGUGAAGUAAUUGCCAAGAUGAUGUUUGAGCACGUAAAAUAGAACACAAGCGAUGGAUAAUAUGUCUAACGAUUAGUUUCAAAUCAAUAGAACACUUUACAGUUUGAAUACAUUGACUUGCUAACAUAUUAAAACUACUUUAAAAUGUUUGCUAUGUGAACAUACAAUUAAAACAUUGUAUAAUAGUUUCAUUUAUCUCAUUUCUUAUUAACUUCUUAAUUUUUGUAGUUCUGAAGAUCAGACUCGAACCUGUGACCUACAAAACCGAUUCCACCAAACUAAUGUUGAGACAUGUUAAUGCUUUUAGUUUUUCAACUUUGCCUUUCUAUCUCUCUUCGUUUGAGGACUCCUACUACAGAUAGCUGCUGAUUUUCAUGGUAAUGGUAGACUCAUUUUAUAGGAUAAAACCAUAUCCAGAUAGAUAUAUUCGGUACUUUUGAUAUAUGCGUUUAUUGGAUCCACAGUGCCAUCCUUUUGAUAAAAAGAGAAUUUCUAGAUACAUUAAUAAUCACAAAAUAUAGUAUUAUAGAAUAAUUGUAUAAAUGUUUUCCCACAUCAAAAUGAGUUCCAAUAGUUGAUGGGGAACACAUAGUCAUAAUGUAAAAUAUGAACGGAUUCAAAUUCAUGUGUAUGAAAUGUUAGUAAAAUUAUUAAAUAAUGAAUUAGUUAUAAAUCGAUAUUAAAGUUAGGAACAAUUAAUCAUCUAAGACACGAAACAUUAUAAUAAAGCAAAACCUAGAAUUUUGUCUUGUUUUAGGUGCGUUUCUUGUCUUGCUUUAGUAACAUGCUAAAACAACAAAGAGUCUACUUUAUUGGGAUUCCUCACUCUAAUAAAAAAAAUAAAAAAAUCCUCCGAACAAGUUUUGAAAAUAGAUGUUCACAAAAAUCAAGUUAAAUAUAGACUAUAGUUAUGAUUCUUACAUUUUUUUUUCUAAACGGAUUUUUUUACUUGUUUAUACUUGGCGAGUUUUGAUGUAUUCCAUCUACGUUUCUUUUACCUAAAUCUGUCUUGUUCUAUUUAUGUCAACAAAUACUAUACAAGUUUAAAUAUUUUCCCACCAUGUGAAAAAGUCGUUCUCAAACAACGGUGUUUAUAUUUUGACGUCUAUAUACAUGACACACUCACACAUCACAUACUAAUAAUACAUUUAUAUAGAUCUGUACAUUACAAGUUAGUAUAAUAUACAUGGACACUUAUUAGUUAAAGAGUAUCCGAGUAAGAAAGGAGGUAAAGAGACUUUCAUAAAUGUGAAUAGAAUGACAUACAGAAGCAUGUUGGGUCCAAAAUAGAGGCUUUUUAUGUAAAAUAAUAAAUCUUUUGCGAUUUAAAAAUUUAUAUAAAAGUGAAAAUUAAGCUAGGCUGUGUUUUUCUUCUUGAUUAAAAUUGGGAAAAUCAAAAAGCCUUUGAUUUCUGUGAGUUGUCGAAUGUUGUGGGCCAAAAGGUUCAUACUUUGAUUGUCAUUUUCCAACUCAUCAUUUCUCAUGUAAUCAUUACAUUCCUCUUUUUGUUUUCCUUUACCUUUGAUCCAAUAUGUUCCAUAUUUUUCUUACAAAAAAUUGCAAUCUUAUCAAAGAGACUAAUAAUUAUUGUUGGUUAAAAAAAAGACUAAUAAUUAUUGGACAUGUUUAAUUUUUAUUAAAAUGUCAGAAACCAGUUAAGUACUAGUUUAAGGCAUUUCCAAUUUAUAGUAUUAGUUUAGUAUCAAAAUCACACUAUUUUGGUGUAGUUCCAACACUAGAAAAAGUUAUAUUAAAUAUAACACUAUACACUUCAUGCUAGAAAUUAUUUUUAUAUUAUUAACACAAUUUUUUUUAUUUAAUAUUUAAAAUAUAAAUAAUUAUUAUUAGGUAACUAUAUUACAUACAAACAAAUGACACGAAAAAUGUUUUUUUCUACAAAUAUUAUAUAAUAUUUAACUAACAGGUUUAAAUAAUUUUUCAAUACACAUAAUAUUUACUAUAAAUAUUUAAUUGAUUAUUUUAUAGGUAUUUAAUCUCUAAUUUAUUAUUUAUUUAUUUGUACAUUUUAUUAAUAAAAAUAAGUAAUAGUAUUUUGUGUGUUGAAUACUAUCACACCAAAUUUAAUGUGAUAUUAUAGUGUUAUACUAAAACAAUAUGGUUUAUAAUAUUCGGUUUAAUGUGCUUUUGUGUAAAAAUCAUACCACAAAUAGAGUAUAUUGUUGGGUUAAAGAUGAUCUUAGAUUUGUUAAAAUUACUAUAUUAUUUUGUUGAGUAUAUUUCUUUCAUAAACGAGUUACAUCAAUUUACAUAUCAAAUGGUUAUUGUGGAUAACGAAUUAAGCUUCAAAUUAUUAUUACAUUUUUUUUGUUUUUUUAACAACAUUUUUUUUGUUAUUACAAGUAGUUUAGGUUGAUCAACAGAAUUAAAGUAUUUGUGUCUCUCAAAUGUUUAGGGUUUGUGUUCGCAUGGUUAAUUAUCUGUAAGCAUGAGCUGGUAUUUCUUUGUUGUUCAGUGACUUAUUGUUGACUGUGAAAAGUGAGUAAAAGAGAAGAAGAUAGAUUCAUCUUUGGUCGAUGAAUCUCUUGUAUGGUAAAUCUUACAAAUGUGUAUAAGAACUGAGUGAGCAUAUAUAAACUAAGUAACUAACCCCAUUCAAGGCCAUUUUUGGCAAGGAAGAUGUAUCGUACAAAGAUGCAAGGACCAAUUCAUAAGAAACAUCAUCAAGCAAAUCAACUAUACCGUUUUUACUGUCACAAUCUCUUACAGUAUUUUUACCGCUCCGCAACAUUUUACCAUGCUAUUAAACAUAAUGUUUCUUGUUUUUUUGACUAAAAUAAUGUUUCGUGUUUUCCUUAUUUGUUUAGAUACCCGUAGAGAAGGAAAAUCUUAAUCAUGAUAUUUAACUCAUGAUUAUAUAUGUGACACAGGCCAAACAUGAUAUAUUAUAUAUCGUUGAAUAAUUAUUAUGUUAUAUAGAGUAAUUUAUAUUGCAUUACUACCAUUAACUGUUUUGUCAUAAAUUAGUUAAGCAUUGUUAUAAUUAAAGGGCGUUUGUAAGAUAUUUUACCCCGACUAAACAAAAUGAUUACAAGGAUUUCUAUCUUUAGAUCUCCAUUCAUUAAAAUAAAGAGAACUAUUUUUGUCAACAUUUAAUCAUUUACCAAGUGCUAAAGUGAAAGGUGAAGUAAUAAUACAAUAAAACACCCACAUUAAUGGCAUUGAUUGCGUGAGGUUUAGUGGGAUAGGAGGCAACAAUGGGCGGCCGUGCCUCACACACACACACACACACAUACACACACGAUGCUCAAAUAAUUAUUAGAAAAAAAUACUGACGACUUAAGAAAAAAAACUUAUACGAUAAUGAAGUAUAUCUUUGAUGCUAGAAAGACAUUGAUUAAUAUACGAAAGUAGAUAAGGUAACAAAUGAUGAAUUAUGAACGUGGGAUAUGAUUUAAUUGGAAGAUUCUCGCCCACACGUCUGAUAAUAUAUCUACAUACACAUCGCUCUAUAUAUGUUUCAAGAUUAAAAGAUCAAUUAAAAAGAUUGAAGAUCGUAAUCAAUUAUUCACAUAUAUAUUACUUUAAAAAACGUAUAUAUAAUUUCUACUCUAAGAACAAACUUAUUCCACGAACAAUAAAAGCGUUUACAAGAAGGACAAGAUUUGCUUCCCAUGGUAGAGACACUCAGAGACCGUACUAGUACUACUACCACGAUAAAAAUAUACUUCCAAAAAUCAAAUUAAUAUGCAUCCACAAAACCUCACACAGAAUAACUAUACUUCAAAUAAUUGUUUUUUUUUGCGGGAAGAACAAAAAAAACACAAAAGAAAAGAAACAAAAAGAAAAGCCAAGACAAAUUUGAUCAGAUAAAGGAAAAAAUAAAGUUAAAGGUAAUAGCAUGCAUCGCAAAAAGCAUAUAAAUAAUUUAGUCUUUGAAUAUUUGAUAACGAUAACAUAUAAAAAUAUUUGAACCAUAUUUUUCAUAGCUCAAUUUCGAGAAAAGCUAUUCAACCCCAUUCAAAAAUAAAUCACAGUUUUUUUGUAAAAGAAAAAUAAAUCGUAGUUACUACUAAAUAUUCAUCACUUUCAAAAACACAACAUAUCUAGAAAAAAAAUGUUAAAAUUGUGAUAUCUAUGUUUUUAUUGGUUACUAAUCAUAAAUUAAAAUUUUCAAAUAGUAAUUAUUUUUAUAAAUUUAAAAUUAUGGAAAAUACAUAAUCAGAUAAAAUGAUGUAUUAUAGAUUUUAAAACAUACAUAAAAAUUAAUUUUAAAUCAUGAAAAAUAAAUAAUCACAGAAAAUGGUGUAUUAUAGGUUUUUAAACAUAUAUAAAAUGUAACAUACAAUCUAAUUUUUGAAUUGAAGGUACAAGUAAAAUACAUAAAAUUAAUGUUAUCCUAUGUAUUAGUUUAAUAAAAUGCAUACUUUUCAUCAAGAUAAAUGGUAUAAUCAAAGUUGUUUCUAUUGUUACUUCAAUCUGAUAAGUGUUCGAAUAUCGAGAAGCUUUAAUUACAAAAUGUAUGAAAAAGAGAAAAAAAAAUGGAGAGAAAAAGAAAAAGAAAAAGGAAGAAGCGAGAAAGCGAAAGGAGAGAGUGUCAUAGAGACAAGAAUUUAGUCCCGAAUCUUUAAAAUUCCAAAGAAUCCCUUUUAUUGGUUUUUCUAUAUAUAUAUUUUUAAAAACUAAUUUUUACUGUGGUUAAAGCAGUAAUUUUCCUAGUUGACGUAGAAGUUGCUUUGAUUGAUGCGAUAAUUGACAUGGUUAUUACUACGGUAGAACUGUAGAGAAGCAGCACUGACAAAUAUAUUAAUACUCAACUGGUAUCGUAAAAUAGUUAAAAACGAAUUUGGUUUACGUAUUUUUUUUUUUUGGUAAAAUAAAUUUGGUUUACGUAUUUAGAUCAGAGAAUUAGUUGCAUUACAUGUCUUAAAAUAGACCAAACAAUUUUUAUCGGAUGCUCGAUAUUUUUGCUUUUUUUUUUUUUUGUUUGUUAACUGGAUGAUCGAUGUUGUGUUACAUUAUGUUCUUUAAAUGUUUUGUUUCGUUGAAUCACCACUAUAUUUUAAUACUAAGAUGUAAGUCAAAAAGAGUUUAAACUAAACUGAAACAUGUGUGCAUUGGAAAUUUGUCAAAAGCAGUGUGAAAAUUUUGAUUUUUAGUUAAAAUCGCUUUUGACAAAGCAUGCAAAUGAUCCACUUUGUCACUAACCCAACAUGUAACGGGUUUAUAUUACACGAGACAAAACCGGAAGAACAUAGCUUCAGAUUGUUAUCUUUCUAAUUAGUAUUUACUAAACAGCAAUCACUUGAGUUUAAUGUUUUUUUUUGGUAAGACUUUACUCUAUCCAUAGGCAUGUUAACAAAAAGUGUAACUGAGGACAAGAACCAAAGUUUAACGUGUAAGAAUUUUAACCUUUAAUAUAUGUUUCCAUAACGAAGAUACAAAACAAGUUUUGGCUUAUAUGAUCAAUAAAGCUGGUUAAAAUAUCUACUAAUCAAACAUAAUCCAAUUUCCAUCUUUUGAUUAAAUAUUAAAAUCCUAGAUUACCACACGAAAACAAAAGAUACAAAAUUAAUUGUAAAUAUUUUUUUCAUAAUUUAUUUUAUUUUAUUUUGUUUCGUUUCUAUUCAUCUCCUUUCUUUUUCAAUACCUUGGAGGCAGACCAAGUUUCAGAAACAACACAACCAAUCUCUCUCUCUCUAACGUACGUAUUCUCUCUCUCUCUCUCUCUCUCUCUCUCUCUCUCUCCCUCUCUCUCUCUCUCUCUCUCUAUAACCAGAGAGACAGUGAUGUCACUACUCUAAGCAGAGGAAAGUAUCAACCACCAUUUCCCAGUCAUGAAUCCAUCAACGGACCCCGCAGCAGCUCUAGCUCCGCCUCCACAACCACCGCAGCCCCACCGUCUCUCAACCUCCUGCGACCGUCACCCGGAGGAGCGUUUCACCGGUUUCUGCCCUUCCUGCCUCUGCGAACGCCUCUCAGUCUUAGACCAAACCAACAACACCGCCUCCUCCUCCCGCAAACCUCCGGCCAUCUCCGCCGCGGCUCUCAAAGCCCUCUUCAAACCCUCCUCCAACGGAAACGCCAACGGUAACGGCCGGGUUAAACCCGGUUUCUUCCCGGAGCUCCGCCGCACAAAAUCUUUCUCCGCGUCGAAGAACAGCGACGGAAACGGACUCUCCGGCGCGUUUGAGCCGCAGCGAAGGUCUUGCGACGUCAGACAGACCUCUCUCUCGAACCUGUUUAGCCAAGACGAGCAGCGAAACGCUCCGACGACUAUCCCCGGCGGAGAGGUUGACGACGAGCCGAGGAGGUCCAGCGUCCAGGAGCCUGUUCUAGAGGUUAACGACGAAGAGGAAGCUGAAAGCGACGAUCUUGAUGAACACUACGUCGAAGCUUGCGACUUUGAGAUUGUUAACGACUUCGACGGCGAUGUUAACGGCGUUACAAGCGAGGUUAACGGCGUUAGAAGCGACGAGAUCGUUGAAGAGAGGGAGGAGGAGAUAGAGGAAGUCGAAGUCCCUGAGGAGCUGAAGCCAAUGAAGGACUACAUAGAUCUUGAUUCGCAUUCACAAACCAAGAAGCCAUCGGUACGACGUAGUUUCUGGUCAGCCGCCUCCGUUUUCAGCAAGAAGCUUCAGAAAUGGAGGCAGAACCAGAAGCUAAAGAAGCGGCGCAACUCCGGCGACCACCGUCCCGGAUCCGCUAGGCUACCGGUGGAGAAACCGAUAGGGAGGCAGCUCCGGGACACGCAGUCGGAGAUCGCCGACUACGGUUACGGCCGGAGGUCGUGCGACACCGAUCCUAGAUUCUCGCUCGACGCCGGAAGAUUCUCUCUCGACGCCGGGAGAUUCUCCGUCGAUAUCGGAAGGAUCUCGGUCGACGACCCUCGGUACUCGUUCGACGAGCCGAGAGCUUCGUGGGACGGGUCUUUGAUCGGACGGACAGUGUUUCCGGCGGCGGCGAGACCUCCUCCUCCGCCGUCUAUGCUUUCGGUGGUGGAGGAUGCGCCGGUGCACCGUCACGUGACCCGAACGGAUAUGCAGAUUCCGGUAGAGGAACCACCUCCACCACCACCACCACAGGUGGUUAAUAAUACAUCCAACAAUGUGUCCGACCCGGUUAUAAUACCGGGCGGGUCAAUCCAAACCCGAGACUACUACACUGACUCAUCCUCCCGAAGGCGGAAGAGUCUCGACAGGUCCAGCUCCAUAAGGAAAACGGUUGUGGCGGAUGUGGACGAGCCAAAGCCGCCAGUAUCAUCAAUAGACACUUACUCAGGAUCACUGAGGGACAACAACUACGGUGUGGAGACGACUGAUAACGGUUUUCUCCGGGACCCGGCGAUCACCGGCGAGAGGAAGGUGAGUAGUAAUGAUAACAACAAGAAGUCGAGACGGUGGGGGAAAUGGAGCAUCUUGGGGCUUAUUUACAGGAAGAGUGUUAACAAGUACGAGGAAGAGGAGGAGGAGGAGAGGUAUAGGAGGUUAAACGGCGGAAUGGUCGAGAGAUCGUUGUCGGAGUCAUGGCCGGAGCUGAGGAACGGAGGAGGGCCGAGGAUGGUGAGGAGUAACAGCAAUGUGAGCUGGCGGAGCUCCGGGGGUGGAAUGGGCAGGAAAGUCAACGGGUUGGAGAGGAAUAAGAGUUCAAGGUAUUCGCCUAAGAAUGGGGAGAACGGAAUGUGGAAAUUUUAUUUGGCACCGAUGAAAGGUAGCCGGAGAAUGAGCGUUGGAGGAGGAGCUGGUGGUGGUGGUGGCGGUGGGUGGGGGAAUGGUCACGGCCAUUCUAUAACGAGGAGUGCUAUGAGGAUGUAUUGAUCAACAUGUUCAUUGGGUGGUUCGGUUAAGGGGUUUAGCUCUUUGAACCGUUUGUUUUUUUGUUGUCAUUUUGCUGGUUUGGUUUAAUUUCGGUGCAAUUGGUUUACUUUAAAAUGUUAAGGGGAGGGGCAUUUCAAACGAAUGACUUGUUGACGUUGUCUAUUAUAACCGGAAUAAACCGCCUUUUAACUA